AUGGAGAUCCCCAAAAGUCCCAGAAAAGAAGUCUAUCAUCCUUUGACUGGGCACUCCGAUGAUCGGCGGUCCAGCGUCGAAAAUGAACUCUUUGACUACCAGGAUCACACAGACUCGCAAUCACAGCGUAGAUAUCAUCAUCGUCGGAAUUACAUUCUUUGGGCACUCUAUAUGACAUCCAAUGUCAUAUCUUUUGUUGUUGGUGGCUAUUUCGGCACCAAGAUACACGACAACAGCCUCGACCGGGAGUGUUCAAUGCACACAUCGGCAUAUUCGCCGCUAAUCCAAGAUGUUGGUAUUAAAUAUGCAUAUACCAAAUUCAAUGGAUCAUUCCUCCAAGAAACGAUCUACAGGAAGGAUGCGUCCCCUGAUGUCGAUGCAGCCUGGGAGGCAUUGGGCGCAGAAUACCGUCCUGGUGUUGUUUCGCUCAAGCAAGGAUCUGCGAGUGGCCUUGAAGAGCGACAUGUACAGCGCUCGGAGAAGUAUGGCGCAGGAUACUUUGUGAACGUUGAGGGAAUGCACCACUUGCACUGCCUGAAUCUUGUCAGAAAGUCAUUGUACUUCAACUAUGCCUACUACAAAGGCCUGGGCAUGCACGCCUUCAAGAAUGAUGAUCGCAUUUUGAAGCUCCAUAUCACUCACUGCCUCGACACUGUCCGUCAGGUGCUCAUGUGCAACGUUGACACGGGUCUUCUCGGUCAAGUCUGGUAUGAUGCUCAGAAGCCGGCGGCUUUCCCCGACUUCAAUACGCGGCACAAGUGCAAGAACUUUGAUGCAGUCAGGCAGUGGGCAGAAACUUUGCAGGCCCCUCCGGCGGAUCAAAUACCUAUGGAUUACAUGAAGCCAGCGGAUCCUCGAUAUGUUCUGCCAAGCACUCCCUAA